GGUCCGGACCUGGCAGUUGUCAACAUUUCUUCCUCCGUUACACCGAUAAUCCUCCGUGAUUUCACAGCCUCGUCCGUGAUGGAGGAGAGAGAAGCCCGAGGAGGAGGUGAAGGAGGAGGAGGAGGAGGAGGAGGAGGAGGAGGAGGAGGAGGAGGGUACCACCGGGCAGCCAAGCGGCUCCGGACGGAAGACGAGGCCGGCGGCGAGGAGCCGGAGGACGGGGAGGAGGACGCCGCGGGGGGGAGCAGGAGCCGCAGGAGCCGAGGAACCAAGGACGGUGCGGAGGACGGUCACCGCAUCGCCCCGUCCCCGGUGGUCCACGUCCGGGGGCUCUGCGACGCCGUGGUGGAGGCCGAUCUGGUGGAGGCGCUCGACAAGUUCGGCAACAUCUGCUACGUGAUGAUGAUGCCGUUCAAGCGGCAGGCUCUGGUGGAGUUCGACAGCGUGGAGGGCGCCGAGCGCUGCGUGUCGUGCGGGACCAGCGGCGCCGUGUGCGUGGCCGAGCAGCGGGCCUUCUUCAACUUCUCCACCAGCCAGAGGAUCACCAGGCCCACCAACGCCGACGACCCCACCAGCGGGAACAAGGUGCUGCUGCUGUCCAUCCAGAACCCGCUGUACCCCAUCACCACCGACGUUCUCUACACCGUCUGUAACCCCGUCGUCAACGUCCAGCGCAUCGUCAUCUUCAAGCGCAACGGCAUCCAGGCCAUGGUGGAGUUCGGGUCGGUGGAGGACGCUCAGAAGGCCAAGCUGGUUCUGAACGGGGCCGACAUCUACGCCGGCUGCUGCACGCUCAAGAUCGAGUACGCUCGGCCCAACAGACUGAACGUGGUCCGCAACGACAACAACAGCUGGGAUUACACCAAGCCCUUCCUCCUGCAGCGAGAGAGGGGAAAGGGGAGGCAGCGGCAGGCUAUCCUGGGAGAUCAUCCAUCCAACAGCUACGUGUGUGCCUCUGCAGGCUCGCACUGCCCCCUGCUGCCUCUGCCCGCAAACUGCAGGUACAGGAGGCGCAGCGAGGAGGUGCAGGACAUGGUCGCCUACCCGCUACUCCUCCCUAAGACCGCCGCCUCUUACUCCUCCUCCUCCCCCUUCAUGGGACAAGGCGCCUCCAGCUCAGUUGCCAUGGUGAGCGGCCUCCAUCCAACCAAGAUGAACUGCGGCUGCGUCUUCAACCUCUUCUGUCUCUACGGCAACGUGGAGAAGGUGAAAUUCAUGAAGAGCGUUCCUGGCACGGCGUUGGUGGAGAUGGGGGACGAGUACGCGGUGGACCGGGCCGUGACUCACCUCAACAGUGUCAAGGUGUUCGGCAAAAAGCUGAACGUCUGUGUGUCCAAGCAGCAGGCGGUGAUUCCCAGCCAGGUGUUUGAGCUGGCCGACGGCUGCAGCAGCUACCAGGACUUCGGUCUGACCAGAAACAACCGCUUCAGCAGCGCGCAGAGCAGCAGGAACAUCAUCCAGCCGCCCGCCGCCGUGCUGCACUUCUACAACGCCCCGCCCACCCUCAGCCAGCACCAGCUGCACGAGCUCUGUACCGAACGCGACGUUCCCGCCUUCACCAAGUUCAAGGUCUUUGAUGUUAAAACAGCCGGCUCGAGGACCCUGUCUGGUCUGCUGGAGUUCGACAGUAAAACUGAAGCUGUGGAGGCCCUCACCGUCCUCAACCACCACCAGAUUAGAAUACCCAACUGCUCCAACCCCUUCACCCUGAAACUCUGCUUCUCCACCUCUUCCCAUCUGUGAGCCAGAAGCAAGAUGGCCGCCGCAAACCUCCGGGACGAUGCGCAGGUUCCCUUCUUUACGGAAGGAGGAAAUGACGCAGAAGAGUUUUCUUUCCUGUGAUGUUUUUGGAUGGAAGAUUUGAUUUUCGAGGCUGAGCAUCGAGAUGAAGUCGUGACGAGGCCUUUUUAACGAGGAAAAGCACCGUGGUGAUGGUGAACAAAACGAGUCGAAGGUCCCUGUGAGCUUCCUUUAAUACGUUAAAUGACGCCAGUGAUCUGAGAGAAAAUCUUCUGUCCCGGUUGAAAUGUGAACAGACUGGAUAUCAAAUCGAUGAAUGGCUUCAUCCUCCAUUGAAAGGCCUUCAUAUCCUGAAGUGCUAUGAAGAUAUUCAGCUGUCAGAGAAAUAGAAACUAGGUGUAGUUCUCGUUGUAACAGGCCGAACUCAGGGAGGAAUCACUCAAAAGUGAACUAAUCAGAUACUUUGUGUUUAUUUAAAUGUUUUAAAUGUACUUUCUCUGCGUCUUUCUUCUUUAGAAGAAGAGGUUGCUUAUUUUUUUUUACUGAGGAGCAGUUAAUAGUUUCCUCUAUAGACGUGAAAAGCACAUGAUUCAUGAUUAUAUAUUUAUUCAUUUCUCCCGUAUCCUUAUAAAUUGACGGUUUACAGAGUAAUUCCAUUUUCUUCUUUGAACUGGGACUUUUAAAAAAACAGCAAUACGUUGCGUCUGUGAAUGAAUUUGAUUGUCGUGCCCAGAAAUGAUGGUUCAGCUGUUUGAUGACAAGUUGUUUACAGGGUUGUUAUUUCCAGCUGCUAGACAACAACUAAGACAGAUCUUUGCCAUCACUGCAUUCAGCGUAAAUGCCAUGAAUGACGUGGAAGGUUUUGUGUGAUCAAACGGCUGAAUAAAUCACCAGACUGACGGCAGCCAUUCAGAACAACAACGAGCUGCACAAGACCGCGGGAUGGAUGCAUUAAUAACAAUAAUGAACCGUUUGUGUCAGGGUUUAUAAUAGAGCUAUUUUAACUGGAUCAAUAGAAAUAGUGAUUACUGAAACCCCUCCGUGUUUCAUAAUGUCAGCAACUCAUGUUUUGAUUUUUUUUUUUUUUUUUUUUACAUGUUCAAAGUACAUGGUUAAGUUUUCGUUGUUAACAUUGUAAAAAGAAAAGAUGUCUACAAAAAACUUUCCAUGGGUCCGUCACAACUUCGGUUCAAAAGGGCCAGUGUGUCGGAUUUAGCUUUUUAGAACAUGAAUUCUCCCGUAUUUGGCUCAUUUUUUUUCUGGUUUAGAAGGCCCGCUCCAAACAUCGAUAUAAAAAGCUCAUUGUAUGGUACCACAUACACAACUAUUUUUAAUUUUAGCUGAUUAUAGACUAAUAAAUACAGUUAUGAAUAUUGUUUUCCAUUAAACCUGUGAUACUGGCGCAGGAGGCGUAACGACCUCCACGUUGCAUGCAGUAAACACAAUGUGCAGCUGGCGGAGUGUCACCUGUUUCUGUAGAUAUUUGUAUUCCCCUGAUUUGUAUUUGCACCCCCGAUCACAAGACUGAAUGAGCACAGGCAGCACCUCUCCUUCUCUGUCCUGAAGGAUCGCGUUGCUGCCGUUACACACUUUCCGUUGGCCUCGUGGCGUGGUGAUGCAAUUAACCGAUCACAGUCUGCAGCAAAACAGGCAUGUUGUUUUUUUGUUUUGUUUUUAAACACACACAAAUGGCCGUUGAGGCCUUUCGCUGUGUGUUCCAGAUGCAAAUGUAUGAGCGGGCUGUAAUCAGAUAACACGCGACCACACUGACACGAAGGAGUGCAGACGUGUGCAAUCUGAUCCAACUCGCUACAGAGCAACGGGCAACACGCAUGGAACGAGUGCAAAGUUUGAGCCUGCAGACUGUGUGGGUGACAGGUUUUUUUUUUUUUUUCUAGUGAAAAAAUGUACAUAAAUCCCAGCAUGCACUGGGUGAGGAAGAUUCACCGAAACAGCACAUCCUCCCGAGACAGACAGUAUUUAGCGUGGCGUGAGGGAAUGUUGACUGUUCACACUUAAAUCUGUUUUCUACGGCAGAGUCACAAGGUUAAAUAAAAACAACAGCUGCCAUUCAGGAU